AUGAAGAGCAUCUUUCGCCACUGCGUCUCAGCACUGGCUGUUAUAGCCAAUGCUCUACCAGCUUUUUCAUUGCCAAGUGGCAGUACCCAGCUCACGACUCGUCAGGGCUCAAACAAAUAUGUCACGGCACAUUUCAUGGUCGGCAUCGUCGAAAACUACAAAGUCAAAGACUGGAAAGAAGACAUGGAGCUCGCCAAAGAAAUCGGGAUCGACGCAUUCGCUCUCAACUGCGCCAGCAUCGACUCCUACACCGACAAGCAGCUGGCAUACGCAUACGAGGCUGCCGAAGCAGUCGACUUCAAGGUGUUUAUCUCCUUUGAUUUUGCCUACUGGUCGAACGGCGACACGGCGAGGAUCACCUCGAUUAUGCAGAAAUAUGCCUCUCACCCGGGCCAGUUCCAGUAUAAUGGCGCCGCACUGGUGAGCACCUUUGUCGGGGAUAGUUUCAACUGGGGCCCGGUCAAGAACGCGGUGAAUCAUCCUAUCUUCGCUGUUCCGAAUCUGCAAGAUCCGAACUGGGCGAGUAAUGCCAAUACCGAUAUUGACGGUGCCUUCUCGUGGUAUGCGUGGCCGACGGACGGCGGGAAUAGUAUUAUCAAGGCGCCGAUGACGACGAUUUGGGACGAUAGAUACAUUCGGAAUCUUAAGAUCAAGGAUCAGGUGUACAUGGCUCCCGUUUCGCCAUGGUUUUCAACCCACUUCAACACCAAGAACUGGGUCUUCAUCUGCGAAGACCUUCCGCAUCUCCGCUGGGAGCAAAUGCUUGAGAUGCAGCCGCAGCUAAUCGAGAUUGUCUCCUGGAACGACUACGGUGAAUCCCACUACAUCGGCCCCUACUCAGAGAACCACUCCGACGACGGCUCUGCGCAAUGGGCCAAAGGCUUCCCCCACGACGCCUGGCGCGUCCUCUCCAAGCCCUACAUCGCUGCAUACAAAGCCGGCGAAAAGAAGCCCACCGUCGAAUCCGACCAGCUCGUUUACUGGUACAGGCCUACGCCGAAGGAUGUUACCUGCUCGAAGGAUCCGUUGGGUCCGCCCAACGGCAUCAACUUGCUCUCUGAUAGCGUCUUUGUCACUACUUUGCUCACCGAGCCGGCCACGCUGACUGUUACUAGCGGCUCCCAGCAGGCGUUUGAUGUGCAGGUUGAUGCAGGGAUUGUGACGACUAACUUUACCAUGGGUGUUGGGGCUCAAUCUUUCUCUGUUAGUCGCAAUGGUAAGAAGAUCCUAGGUGGUGAGGGUGGGUUGGAUAUCAAGGACCGCUGUGAUUAUUAUAAUUUCAACGUCUAUGCUGGGUCGUUUAGUGCGUAG